CUCAAUCGCGUUUCAUUUUGGUUUCCCAGAUUACUACUCGGCCUUUGAUCUCAGGAUCUGAGCUGUGCUGGCCGCUGAGAGCCAGGGCUGGUCAUUCUAAAGUAAUCGGAGCCAGGACUGUGAGGAACUGCUCCGGGUCAGAGGGGCCGCAACCUCCCAGGGAUGCCAGCUUGCCCUUGGGAAUAAACCCCAUUUCAACUUCAGAGCCAAGGAAACAUGCAGCCGAGGAGGGAAACUGAUCGGGUGGGGCAGGCUAUCCUUUGGGUGAAAUGUACCAGCGUGGGGUGGUAAGGCCAUCACCAGGCCAGGGAGAUUCAUUCAAAAGGUGAAGUGGUAGGGCAGACGCUGACCGCUCCCUGUCGCCAGCCCGAUCUCCUCUGACGAAGGUUAGAUUGCGGGUUUGUAGCUAGGCGUCUACACUUGCUGGCCUGCCUGGAGCGGGUGGGGGGAGGGAAUCUGAAGGUUUGGCCUGGCCUCCCCCAGGUAGGGGAGCAAGCAGGAAUCCGUGCUAUCGCUUGGUAGGGGUGAACCUGAUGUUCACAGCUGCAUGGGGGAAUCUGUCUAACUAUUAUCAUUUAGUUCUGGUCAUUUAAUCCCCGCCCCCCAAGAUGGAAACAAGACAAAUAGUUGCUCCUUGAUAGCCCAAGGGAUCCGGGUGUCCCUCACAUUUAGGAAAGAAAAGAGUUGAGACCGCUUGCCUUUGUUUGCAGGGUCAUCAUGACUUCUUGGCGAUUCUCUAGCAAGACUUACCUGUCACACCUAAGGUGCUUUGAGGUCAGGCAGAAAUCUUGUUUGCUUAGAUGGAGACCUAGACAGAUUAUAUGCCCACCCAGUUCCAGAAUUUGCUGGCUUCUUUGGGGCUCAUUACCCAAACUCAUUUUGACUUCAGGAGGGAUCGCGAUGAUGUCCCCUGGAAGCUGGGGUCAGACAGGGACUUGUAAGAGUGCCCCUAAGGAAGUCAGGUUGGCAGGCAACGUUUCCAAAACUGGGUUCAUAAACUGUCUUUUCUUGAACUUUGCCUUUGGCCUCCGAAUAUGGUUCCGGGCCUGUGUUCUGCUGGUGAAAUUCACCCCUCUUCUUCUGCUCUACCCUCUCACCUGCCUGGUUCCCAGCUUCUACACCCUCUGGCUGAACUGGCUUCUGAUGACUACGGAGUCUUCAGGCCCCACGUACAUCAAACUGGGCCAGUGGGCGAGCACCAGGCGGGAUCUUUUCUCUGAAGAGUUCUGUACCAAGUUCUCCCGGCUGCAUGUUCAAGUGGCCCCCCACCCAUGGGCUCACACCCAGAGCUUGCUCCAAAAGGUGUUCGGGAGUGAGUGGGGGCAAGCCCUUCACUUGGAGAGUCAGGAGCCGGUGGGCUCAGGCUGUGUGGCCCAAGUGUACAAAGCUUAUGUGGACGCUGCCUUUCUUGACCAUGCCUGCUUCCAGAAACUUGUGGAGGCCUCUAAGGGGACCUCCUCUUUUGAAGCCUGGGAGGUGGCAGGGCUGGGGAGGCUCUUAGGAUAUUUUUGGAAGGGGCAGAAGCCUAAAGGGACAUUGACAGAUCAAGUUUUUCCAGAAGAUCUACUUCUCCCCGUGUCCUACCUGACUACAUCAAAAUGGGACACAUCUCUUACCCCACCUGCUAACUGUCUACGUGGGCCAAAACACCUCAUCCCAGCAGCUAUUAAAGUGCUACAUCCUGGGCUCCUUGCUCAAGUACAGGUGGAUUUGGUGCUGAUGAAGACAGGCAGUCGAAUCCUCGGACUCAUUCCCGGAAUCAAGUGGCUCAGCUUGACUGAGAUAGUGCAAGAGUUUGAGAAGCUCAUGGUCCAACAGAUUGACUUGCGGUAUGAAGCUCGGAAUCUAGAGUGCUUCCAAAACAAUUUCCUGGAUGUGAAUUUUGUCAGGUUCCCUACUCCUCUGCAGCCCUUUGUCACCAGAGAUGUUCUAGUGGAAACAUUUGAAGAGAGUGUUCCUGUGUCCUGUUAUCAGAAGUCCGAGAUUCCCACAAAGCUGAAGGGGAAAAUAGCAAAGCUGGGGAUAGACAUGCUUCUGAAGAUGGUAUUUGUUGACAAUUUUGUCCACGCCGACCUACACCCUGGGAACAUCCUGGUCCAGGGAGCAGAACUUCCUAAGGAGUGCCAAGACCAGAGGAGCCUGGGGGACACGUAUGACACCCUGAUGUCGGACGUCAGACCUGCUUCUUCCCUACUGAGGCUGGUCCUGCUGGAUGCAGGCAUUGUGGCAGGGCUGCAGGCAGCCGACCUGGAGAAUUUCCGGGCAGUCUUCACUGCAGUGGCCAUGGGGCAGGGUGAAAGAGUGGCUGAGCUCAUCUUGCAUCAUGCCCGGGCCAAUGAGUGCCAGGAUGUGGAGAAAUUCAAAACCGAGAUGGCGGUGCUAGUGACCCAGGCCAGGAAGAACACCAUUACUCUGGAAAAGCUUCAAGUAUCAAACCUGCUCUCCAGUGUCUUUAAGCUGCUGAUGACCCAUAAGGUCAAGCUUGAGAGUAACUUUGCCUCGAUUGUCUUUGCGAUCAUGGUGUUAGAAGGGCUCGGCCGCUCGCUGGACCCCAAACUGGAUAUCUUGGAGGCAGCCAAACCCUUUCUUAUAAAAAACUCGACGUUUCCCCCCUGGCUGCAAUGGUGAAGGCAAAGGGUUUCACCAGACUCCAGGUACUCUGAUCUGACCUAGGGAUUGAAUGAGCCUAAGGACCAGCGGGCCCUCUACCGUUCCACUGAACCUGUAGCAUUUCUAGGUCUUUCCAUCAGCCCCACUAUUGUCUCCCUCAAUGAUAUUAUAAGCUUCUGGACAGCAUGGACCUCUCAUUUUUCUUAUUUGUAUCCCAAUUGUUUAAUAUACUGCUUGGCACAUAGUAAGCACUUAACAAAUGCCUAUUCAUUCAUUCAAUCAAUGAAUACACUGUUCUGGCCCAGAAGUGUCUUGAGGAGAGAGGUAUAUUUAAUUAUUUGUUCAAAAUGAGACUUUUAUUUAGUUGGCUACAUUUCCAACCCUUUUGAACAUGUUUGGUUCUUGGUGGGAUGAAGCCAUAGUCUGCAGAUGACCAGCAGCAGACCUUAUGGCAAUCCUGGCUUUAGAGGCCAUGGACAUAGAAGAUUGUGGGAGUUAAGUUCCACCUACACUGAGCUGUGAUUUUAACAAGGGGGGCCCAGGGGAGGUUGUUUUAGAAAGUGAUAUAUUACAGGACUGACUAUAGAGUUAGGAAGACCUAGUUUCAAAUCCUGCUUCACACUGAAGCUGUGUGGCCCUGGGCAAAUCACUUAACCUAUCUGAGCCUCAGCAAGAUGCCUUUCCGGAGAUCUUUAAAGCAGUUCCUUCCCUUCUGAGAUUAUUUCUAAUUUACCUUG